UUUCCAUGUAUGCAUGUCAAAGACUUGCUCAACAGUACCACGGAUUACUAAAUCUGUACGGUGCUAAUCCGUGUAUGUGUUCUUGCAUAUGUUUGUAGUUUUAUGAUAUGUCCGACAGGUUACGGUAGAAUUUGUUUGUAUGUGACAGCAAAAUAGUGAUCCGUUGUACUUUAUUUCGACUUCUCACAUAUCGACUUCGUUACAGUCAAUGCAGUUUAUUUUAACGUACAGGAGGUUAUAAUAUUUUGCUAUUGUCAAAGAAGGAGAAUAAUUUGUUAUUGUGUUUCUGAGAACAUUUCGUUUUAUGGAUGUAACUAGGUAAAUCGUUCUUAGCAUUUCAUGGAAUUUAGUAUGGGCCGAUAGUGAUUUUUAAGCCUGAAAGACAAACUUGGGAAAGAUACUUUGAAGGGGACCGCCAUGAGUGUUCCUCAAGUUCAAGGUGGAUUAAGUAAACUAAAAAAGAAACAUUUUCGUGUGAAACACCAAAAAGUGAAACUGUUUCGUGCAAAUGAACCUCUUCUGUCCGUUUUCAUGUGGGGCGUCAAUCAUACGAUCAAUGAACUUAGCCACGUGACAAUUCCAGUAAUGCUCCUGCCAGAUGAUUUUCGAGCCUAUUCAAAGUUAAAGGUUGACAAUCAUUUGUUCAACAAAGAAAACAUGCCAAGUCACUUCAAAGUAAAAGAAUACUGUCCUUUGGUGUUCCGUAACUUGCGUGAGAGAUUCAGCAUUGAUGACCUGGACUACAAAGAGUCAAUGACACGGUCUCAGCCUGUAUUAGUGGACUCAUCAGGGAAGAGUGGUGCGAUGUUUUACCAGUCAUAUGAUCGGCUCUUCAUACUGAAGUCCCUUACCAGUGAAGAAGUAGAAAGGAUGCACUCAUUCCUAAAACACUACCAUCCAUACAUUGUGGAGCGUCAUGGAAAGACACUCCUUCCUCAGUACCUGGGCAUGUACAGACUUACUGUGGACGGCGUGGAACAUUACCUGGUGGCUAUGAGAAAUGUUUUCAGCAACCAUCUGCAGACACACAGAAAGUUUGACCUGAAGGGAUCAACAGUUGAUCGCGAGGCAUCAGAUAAAGAAAAGGAAAAGGACCUGCCCACUCUCAAAGACAAUGACUUUGUGAAAGAAGGAAUGAAAAUAUACAUAGGGGAUGACGCAAAGGAGAAGCUGCUUGAAACUCUAACCGCUGAUGUAGAGUUCCUGACUAAGCUUCACCUCAUGGACUACUCUCUGCUACUUGGUGUUCAUGACUGUGCUAGGGCAGAACAAGAGAACCGAGAACGAGCAGAACAGGAAGAUGAAGAGAACAAUGGACUGGAGGAAGAUGAUGACUCAGAAAGUGGAUCAGGACUGGACACAAGGGGUGGUGGAGGAGAGGGGGGGGGGUGGGGUGGAGCCAUGGCUACACCACCAGAUUCUCCUCAUGCAGUAGCUCUAAUGAGAGAAACCAGCUUGCAGUAUGAAACAGGAAUUGUUCCUGAGCUUGACAUAUAUGCCAUACCUAGUUCUGAAGGUGCUCCAUUAAAGGAGAUCUAUUUCUUAGCACUGAUUGAUGUAUUAACACACUAUGGUGUUAGAAAACAAGCUGCUAAAGCUGCCAAGACUGUCAAAUAUGGAGCUAAUGUUGACGGUAUCUCCACUUGUGAUCCAGAACAGUAUGGCAAGAGGUUCAUUGAAUUCAUGAGCAAGGCUAUAGAAUGAACUGGUUAUUACAGGGCUGUGACAACACAUGCUGAUCCUCUCACUUGUGACAAAUUGAGAUGAGGUGACUGACAUGUGUGACUAUUGAUUUCACCUGCUAAUUCCAGUUUGGAUGAAAUGAGUCAAAAGUGCAAGAUCUUCUGGCACUGAAGUCACUUUUACAUAAAUGUGAAGGAAUAUAUAGUAUGAUGGAUACUGAUGCUCACUGGGUGCAUGAAUCUGUUGUUCUGUGUGAGAUGUUAUAUCACUUGGUAAUUAUGCUUUAUAAUGCUGGCACAAAUCUCACAUAUUCAACUGAGAACUAAGGGUGUGUGUUCGGUGUCACUUUCAUUAAGUCUUUGACAUGCUAUCUGACCAGUUAUUUCAAAUGCCCCUUAUUCACUACGUGUUCUUAUGUUAAGCUUGACACAACAUUUACAUGCUACAUUGGGGAUAUAUAAUAGGGUUGAAACAAAGAUCCUUAUGGUUCAGUAUUUGACGCUAUUCCGUGUACUACAGAUUUCUGUCAUAGUGAAUAUAUUUUUGUGACUCCCUGAAGAAAGUAAUAGGCAGGGCAUUUCUAUUGCUGUGAACAGAAUGUUGCUAAAGCAUAUUGUAUUUAUUUGUAUAAUCCAGUGCUUCCCAAACAGCAGCAUCAGGGAUGCUACAGACAGUGAACAUAAAAAAAGUAAAUUUAUUUUUAAAUUAUUAAUGCCAAGGUUGAAUAGAAUCCAAAGAAGGAUCUUUUUAUCUUGAGAGAAAUUUGAGCUCUUUUGAAUAAUUGAUUUUGUAUCAAAUUUAAAUUUCUUUUUU